ACUAGUGUGCUGUCCACUUGUUGCUGCCAAACGCGAUGAGGAAGUUUCAACGGUUUCUCGCCACCGUAGUUGCGUUUGGUGUGCUUUAUGGAGUUUAUCGCUACUCGUUUCGUACCGAUAGUGAAGGGAACUAUCUGUUUCUGCUGCCAGGCGAAAGUGGAAGGUCAUCGAGCGCGGAACAACAGGCGGUAGCGAGCAGCGAGCGGGAAAGAGCGGUAGAUCCUUUCCGGUUGGCAAAUCUGACCGGAUUCGAGUAUGUAAUUCCCAACGACAUCUGUAAGGAGAAUAAUAGUUUUUCAGAGUUAUUGGGUGUUAUACUAGUAACAUCCUACGUGGGGCACGAUGAGAUCCGUUCCGCACAUAGACAAGCCAUAUCGCAGCAGAAACUCCUCUCGAUGGGACUGUUGCGAAUAUUCUCCCUGGGCGUUAUACCACCGACGGAACGCUUCAUCCGACAGGUUUCCAUCGAAGCUGAACAACGGCUCCACGGUGAUCUAAUCCAGGGUAAUUUCGUCGAAGCGUACCGGAAUCUCACCUACAAGCAUCUGAUGAGCUUACAGUGGGCAACACAGCAUUGUGGCGGUGCUAAAUACCUACUCAAGAUGGACGACGAUAUCGUGUUCGAUCCGUUCUACAUCCAGAACUAUCUGUCCGAUCUGAAUCAGGGUGACGAGCGGCACCAUAAUACUCACCUACUGGCGGGUUACGUAUUUCGCAGCAAGAAAGUAAUCCGACUGCAGGCAAACAAAUGGUAUGUGUCGCGUGACGAGUUCGCGGCUGAUAUAUACCCACCAUAUCUGUCCGGCUGGUUGUACUUUACGAAUCAAAAGACGGCCCGAGCCUUGAUAGCUGAGUCACAGGCGGGAAGUAGCUUCUUCUGGAUUGAUGAUACAUUUAUUACGGGUGUAUUGGCACAACGGUUGCAAAUACCGCUUACCGCUCUAAACCGAUGGUACAGUUCAAACUCCGAGUUCCUGGACUGCUGCAUUAGGGAUAUGAAACGGUACGCGUACCAGUGUGAUUACUACGUCGGACCAAACGGUGGCAACGAGAAGCUAAUAAUGGAGUUUAUCCAAGAGCUAGAACGAUGCUACGACAAUGCAUGCUAUCAGCGACCACCGGGCAAAUCGCUUACUGCGACGUGCGUCGCCGAGUACAAGCAGCAGAUAAAUCCCGAUCACGGUACGGCCAUGAUUAGUCAGAUGAAGUUGAAGUAGAGUGCUGGGAAUCGUG